GAUAGUCGAUAAAUCAUAACUCCUAACGAGACAUUACGAAAGCUAGCAAGCUAGCUUUCGUAAUGUCUCGCUCCUAAUUAUCCAAUAAUUUUGGAUUUAUUUGAAAUCCGAAUGGCGAAUUCCAUACAUAGCUGACUGUCGUCAACUGUCAAGUUUUCAGCUGAUCCAGUUUUCUGCGCUGUACUUUUUAAAAAUGGUAAUGACCUUAGGUCUGCGUCACAGAGGUUUUUGGUAGCCAUCUGUUUGAUAAUGCUCGAAAGAUGGCUAACCGCUGCGCAUCGAUUCCUAUGGUUCAAGCACGUGACUUUGCCAAGACUGCAUUAAUCCAUAGACCAAACCAGUUAUACUCCACUGAACGUCAUACAAGCACGGCCGGAAAUUUAGUUCAGAAAACGGCGGCGCCAACGUUCCUUCCGGUGCGUCAAAUGCACAGAACAGCAGUACUGGCAGCUCGUCCGAAGACACACACCAGCGAUUUGGAGAGAGAAGUCGAAUUCCUUAGGAACGAUCUCCGCUUGAGCUUGAAAAGCUUUUCCAUGUUGCAAGAUGCGCACACCAGUCAGAUUGCUUCGUUGCAUAAGAUUUAUGGUUACCAACUGAGCGAUAAAAACUCGCAAAUUCUCUGGUUGUCAAACGGGCUUAAUAUUGGCGGGGUAAUUGAUCACCUGGAAGAUGACUGGAUCCGAGAAUAUGAAAAGACCAAGAAGUUGCCCAAAGGUCUGCAUCCGUUCUUGCAACAUCGAAAGCAUCUUAAACUGCACGGAGAGCAUGCUCCUCGCCUUGCGAACUUUGAUUCUCGGAGUGAACUGUGGAAAGUCCUAAAGGAGCAUGAGUUUCUGAAGAAUCAAAUGCUGGAAAUUGCUGAUAAUCAAGGAAAAAAGCUGAUUACGAUGGAUAUUUUUACUAAAUUUGAGAAUCUUGUAGAUGGUGUGUAUCGGAAGACUAGUGAUCAAGUUAGUGACUUGCUUAUGACCGGAGAGAUUGUCUUUAUCGAUUGCCAUUUGUUGUCACCGGAUGAAAUUCGUGUAGCAGAAGCGGUUUGCCGGCUCUUUAAAGUGAAGUUUAAAAUGUCUUCUGGGCCGCUAAAUCGAGGACUCUUGGAUAAUUCAUAGUGCUCAUUUUGCCAAAUUUCUUGGCUGUUUUGUGUUGAGCGGCAGCCGCUUUAAUAAUAAACAUAUUUGCAGCAAGUGCGAAUUAGAUUUUGCAUG